GAAAGAAAAGAAAAAAAAGAAAGAAAAAAACCAAUUUCUAGCUUCGCUCCGUUUACUCUUUAUUCUAUCAAUAAAACCCUGGGAUUCAUUCAACCCUACUUUCACCAUGUCGAGGCCUCCCGAACCCGGCCCCGACGUAAUCGAAGUCAGUCGCUGGAGCACCAGCAGCAGUGAGGAAGAAGAAGAUGAGAAUGUCGAAGGACACGGGGUGGGCAGUCACGGAUCCAAGACUAGCCAGAACAAGAAUGCCUACGCCCACGACAAAAACGCCACCAAAAGAGAUGACCAUCCCCAGAACGAGCAAGAGGUCAUCUACGAACUUGACGAAGACGCCAUGUCCCAGCUCCCCGAUCACCUCCAGACCAACAUGCGUGAAAUCCAACAGGAACGCAUGGAACGUAUUCAUCGCGAGAACUCCCACGUCCAAAUCCGCAAGGUUAGCACUCAGAAGGAGGCUCGCGGGGAUAACUGGUUCAAAAACAUGUUGUAUCGCUUUCCUUCCAUGCCCAAUGUGGGUUUCCAUGCGAAUCGCGACAACGUUCGUCGCAAGAAUAGUCCUGGUUUGGAUGAUUUAGAAGCGCAUGAGCGUGCUCGUCUUGCGCCUGAUUCUCCGCUCCCGCUUACCAAGGAUAACCUCGAGUAUUUGACGGAGUGCACUGGUGGUGAGACCAAUGUCAUGUUGGCGGCUGCGACCAGACGACGCAGGGUUGAGAAGAAGGUUUCGAUCAAGGAUCGUAUCUAUAGUCGUCUGAGUGGCAAGCGGCGUCGCGAGGAGGAGGCUGCUCUAAGGCAUUUGAAGAACAUUGAGAGCCAGGUGCAUGUUGGGAUUCCGCAGUGUUACAAAAAUCUCGUGGAAGAGGAAGAGGAAAAAGAUAGACAGGCUUCUGCCCGGGCUUUGGGGGAGGGAAAGCCCUCGCUACGCGGCCGCGUUAAAAAGAGUAUGCAGAAGAUGAGCAUGGCUUUCAAGAAGGGUUAGUUAGUCUUCAUGCAUUGUACGGUGUCUCAUCUUUGUGCUCGACUUGGACUCGUCUUAAGAGCCAUUGGGAAAGGUUAGGAAACUGGUUUUAGGGACAAGCGGUUGGCCAACAUAUAUGUUGGAAAUGGCUAAUCUGGAAUGCAAUGAUAUCCGUUGCAACAGAUAGUCAUGUUAAUAAUGAUUGUACUAAUAAUAAGGGAAAU